UGGUGCUCGAUGUUUACCUGCCCCAAGUCUAGGGCUGAGACUGUAUUACCUGAGAAGAUAGGGAUCUAAGAAAGCUGGAAACACCACUAUUGGCAAACUGCAAUCUGUCCACCGUAUGGAAUAGAACCCCGGAUUUAAGCGUUGUAAACUCGACGACUUACCGCUGAUCCACCUGAUAAUAGCUAAAAAUAAAUAAAGGGAAUCAGAGAGGCUGUUUAGACAAAAUGGAAGAAAAUAUGAAAGCGUGUGUUACCAUCUUGUGAAAAGAUGGUUUAGUAAGAUUUUACAAAAUGGUGUCUGAAUGGGUAAAUUCAAUGGACAAAAGACCUGUAGACCGAACAGAAGAAGAUGUCGAUGUUAUUUAUGGCCGAUUGCGUAACUUCCAAGCCUUCCAGCAACUCCACCCUUCAUUGUUACACUCUCUAUGUUACUAUGGUUACUAUGAAGAUCUGGACAAAGGAAUCACAUUAUUUCGUGAAGGAGAUCAAGGAUCCAACUGGUAUCUUGUAUUGGCUGGAUCACUUGAAGUUCAAACAACGCAGUCCAUCAGAUGUCAAGACACCAUGACACUGUGCACCUUGGUGGCUGGAACAGCUUUUGGAGAUGGCGUUUUAAAUAACAGCCCCCACACGGCCACUGUUGUAACUAGUGAACAUUGCGAACUUUUGCGAAUCGAGCAACAAGAUUUCCAGGAAUUAUGGGAGCAGAAUCCUCAGCUGAUGGAAGAUAUUGUGUCACCACUGAACACUAUCCGCUCUCUCACAGAUUCUCCCAAACGAGCGGAUAAGAAACCUACAAAUGGAACACACCUUAACCUUCCACCGGCUAGUAAAAAUACAGACCCCACCUCCCCAGAAGCACAAAAUCCUGCUCUACCUAUCACACAGGAACCUUCUGCACAACUGAGAAGAGUGGGAAAGGUGUUCCGUACAAUGAUUCUCAGCCACGCAUCUCAUCUUAUUCGUGACAGAAAGUAUCAUACAAAGACUAUACGUAGAUGUCUUGUCGGCACUGAAAUGGUGGACUGGCUCCUCCAGCAGGCAAUUGGAGGUGCUGUGCGUAUUCACUCUCGAGCCCAGGCUAUUGGCAUGUGGCAGGCGUUGUUAGAGGAAGGGGUGAUUUCACACGUUUCACAGGAAUACCAAUUCAAAGACAAACAUCUGUUCUAUCGGUUUCGAGAAGAUCAAGAUGGAUUUGGUACAACACCUUCUCAGGAUGAUCGUCAUUUAGCAGAGAAAGAAAUCCAGGAAUCUCUAACAGUAUUACUCCAAUUGUCACCUGAAGCUAUCCUAAGAAGUAUUGUGCGCAAACCUCCUGAAGACCGAACAGGAGACGACAUAGAAAUAAUUUACGAAGAACUGUUCCAUAUCAAAGCUUUAUCACACUUGUCAAACAGCAUAAAGAGAGAAUUAGCUGGUGUGUUAUUAUUUGAAACACAUCUGAGAGCAGGAACCGUUUUGUUUAACCAAGGUGAUGAGGGUACAUCAUGGUAUAUCAUCCUCAGAGGUAGUGUGGACGUCGUUAUCUAUGGAAAAGGAGUCGUUUGUACUUUACAUGAAGGUGACGACUUUGGAAAACUGGCCUUAGUAAAUGAUGCUCCAAGAGCAGCAACUAUAGUGACGAGAGAAGACAACUGUCAUUUUCUCCGAGUAGACAAGAAUGACUUCAACAGGAUUCUUAGGGACGCUGAAGCAAACACAGUGAGAUUAAAAGAACACGGACAAGAUGUGUUGCAGCUUCAGAAAAUUCUCACUGAUUUAAAAGGUGCCGAGGGGGGCUCCUCUCACUAUAAGUACAGUGUAAUGGCCGGAACACCACAGAAAAUGCUUGAACACUUGCUUGAAACAAGAAUAGACGUUAGAGUUGAAGAUGGCACAGGUCCGCUAACGUACUCAAAAGACACAUUUCUGGAAGACUUCAUUUUAACACACGUGAUAUUCAUGCCCAGCCACCAGCUGUGUCCGGAACUAAUGAAACAUUAUAAAUUAGAUGUGGCCAACUCCCGUCACGAGAAAGAGUUUAUUGUCGCCAACAAACGACGAGUAGUACAAUUCGUUCACACUUGGGCCAUUGUUGUACGAGAGGCUUUCUUUGAAGAUCAAACUCUCUGCAGUUUUUUAGACGACUUGCAAGCGUUACUGUUUCAAGACUGCGAAUUCUACCUUGGACAUCUUCAAAUGGAAGUUAAACUACUGACUAAAAUGAUCGAUGCCAAACAAAGAUUUCAGGAGGAAUUAGCAAGCACUGCACCUCAGCGAUGGAAGGUUUCAAACAGCGGUCAAAUAGAAAGACUAACAUCCAGUGGUUCUGCUGAAGAAAACGAGGAGGAAAGUCAGCCAAUCAAGUCUAGAGACGAAAUUAUAUUUAGAGUGUACUGUAGCGACCACACUUACACAACUUUAAAGACCUCAGUCGUAGCUACAGCUGAAACUAUCAAACGAAUCGCUGCAGAGAAGCUUGGGCUGAAGGAUGAUUUGGUGUUAGCUGAAGUUAGAUCGGUAGGAGAAAUAUUUCCAUUUAAAGAUUCUGAAGUCAGUGUUCCAACAGGGCUUACUAUUAAUGGAAGAAUAUUCCUUUCAAAUGUGGACCAAGUGAAUGCUCUUAGACCUCUUCCAGAGCAAGAAGGACCAAAAGAAGGAACUGGUGAUGUACUAGAAAUGUUCAGUAGUCACGACCUAGCCCACCAGAUGUCUCUGUACGACUGGGAGCUAUUCAAUGCUAUUCACGAGUAUGAACUGAUCUAUCAGGUUUUUGGACGACAUCAGUUCAGGAAAUCUAUGUCAAACUUGGAUAUGUUUUUGCGAAGGUUCAACGUACUUCAAUUUUGGGUAGUGACAGAGCUUUGUCUGGCGUCCUCUCUCAGCAGACGAGUUCAACUUUUACGGAAGUUCAUCAAAGUGGCUGCAUACUGUCGAGGUUACCAAAAUCUCAACGCCUUCUAUGCGAUCGUUAUGGGACUGAGUAACGUCGCAGUGAAUCGAAUGUCACUCACCUGGGAGAGGCUGCCGGGGAAGCUCAGGAAAAUGUACGCAGAUUUUGAAGCACUGAUUGAUCCGUCGCGAAAUCAUAGACGCUAUAGGAUCUUUGUUGCUAAGAUGGCGCCACCUAUAAUACCUUUCAUGCCCUUGCUUCUUAAAGAUAUGACCUUUUCGCACGAGGGAAAUAAAACAUACUUAGAAGGACUUGUUAAUUUCGAAAAAAUGCACAUGAUUGCACAGACCUUACGUACACUGCGGUACUGCAGGAGUCAGGCCUUAGUCUUGGAGGCACCACCAAUGAGCAAAGUCCAACAGGAAGUAAGAGAAUACAUUAGAAAUAUAAAAGUUAUUGACAAUCAGCGCCGUUUGACUCAACUUUCUAGCUCCUUGGAACCCAGACGAGCCUGUUAAAGUCAUAGCAUACUGGAGAAACUCGACUGAUGGAAUAGAUAAUGCUCACCAAUGAAAAGUUUUAAUAAAGAAAGCGAAGGAUAAAAUGUAUUUAUAUGUAUGUAAAUGUAACGUAAUGAAAUGAAAAUAUCAUGAUGAAAUCAUCAGCCUAUUUCGGUAUAUAUAUAUAUAUAUGCGUGUGUUUGUGUAUUCCGCGAGGUACAUUUUGUAUAAAGUUAUGUCAGAAUAAGUGUUGUAUUUGUUUGUUUGACAUGUUUCGUAUCAGAUUGCUUGUUAUACGUGUAAGUAAAAAUAAUGUGUAGUAUAAUUAGUAAAUCAAACCCUAUCCUUUAAUGAGUAUCUAUCAAAAUAUUGAAAUCUGCAUAUAGAAAAAAAAAUUGUCGUAUUGUUGUUCAUAUGAAAUUGACA